AUGACCUCAUUCUGCUUCUAUCUUUCCUAUUGCACAGCCUGGUUUCAAAAGAAAACAAGCAAGCUUUUCAGCGUCUCUGCUUCUGUCCCUUCAAAGCCCCCUUUGCUAUAUUCAGCUGCCAGAAGCAACACUAGCAGACACUGGACAGUUAGGAUCUACAGUGACAGUCUCAUUCUGCAGAUGGAUAAACCACUGGUGUACUUUUGUAGCCGGAAAGAUGGCUUUACCAGUUAUACAGAUGUACGUCCGGAUCAUGGAUGUUCCUCUGUCAGUCCAUGCGCAUGCUAUGGCCUUGCAUGUCACCGGAGUCCUCGGCUGCUUACUAAUGGCUACUACAUACUCACAGAGGACAGUUUUCUGUCUGAUGAAGAUGGGAAUAUCACAACGAGCCCAUCGCAAACAAGUGUCAGCUAUAAAGAGAGGUUGGUUAGAAUAUUUCGGAGGCGAAGGAGAAUCCGACGAUCCCUUGUUACCCUUUUCAAUAUCAGUGGCUCUAAUUCAUGGCUGAACAGCACUUUUAUAGAGUCACCCCGUUCAGAAGGCAUGUGGCCUGAAGAAGGCAACAAGGUGGAUGACACUCAGUGUUAUGAUAAAGGUGACCACUUUGAUCACGAAUCUGUUACAGUAAGAAAUGGUCUCUACCCUGUGAUCAUGCUGUCCCUGUAUUUGAUCAUUUAUCUCUAUGUAAGAUUUGUUUGGGGAGUGCUGCUUCCUGAUCUGCUGGUCUGUUCACUAUUGAUCAUCAUUCUGAUUUGUUCAUCAGCAGUUUUGCACUAUUCCCCUGACGAUACCAGCUCUGGUCAAUCUGUAGAACCAGCAUAAUCAUCACCUGCCCUUCAAAAUUUCAUUUCUUUCCACGUUAUUCUGGAAUCUUUCUACUAGAAAUCUUUAAAAAACAGUUUAAUAAGAGUUUUAUAAGAAUUUGCACAAUAUGUACCGAUGGGCAGCCUUGGAGAUACCAUCUUAGAAGAGAUUAACCGCACAGAAUGUUUUGAGGUUAAAAGACCAUUCUGAAUGAGAUGAAGAACAGAAUACACAUAAUCGAUCAAUAAUGAUGCCAAGCAUGCAGUUCCAGCUUUUGCCAGAAUAACAUCUUGCCUCCUGGACUAUAAUAUUUAAGUGUGGCGAAGAUCAAAGAUUUUGUAUUAUUUACUGUUAUAUUAGUGAUAUCAUAACCCAAGGAAGGCUUGACUUAAGGCAUGAGAAAUCUACUUCAUUGAAAUUGUUACUACUAUAGAACCCCCAAGACCCAUGGGCCAGGUGUGACAGGCACAUUCAGAUAAAAAUAAAACAUUUCUAUACUCAGAAAUAUAUCUUGAUUACUAAAACUGAACUGAUCUCAAGUGUCCUUUCAUACACAAACCCACUCCUGAUUACUUCCAGCUCUUGCUUCAUUCAUAAUUAUUUUGGGUGCCAUUUUAUUGCUGCCAAUAUUAAACAACUGGAAGUAAGAAAACCAUAGCAGUGUACUGCAAUUCACCCAGCAAUCUAUCCAUAGACUGGAUCCUACCUUCUGCCUAUCCUCGACUGCAUCUGCAUUGCAGAACUACUGCAAUUUGACACCACUUUAACUGCCAGAGCUUAAUACUAUGGAUUUCUGGAAUUUUAGCUUGUUGUGGAUCUAGAACUCUGAAAGACAAAGCUAAAUCUCUCACAGAAGUACAAAUCCUAGAAUUCCAUAGCACUGAGCCAUGGCAUUUACAGUGGUGUCAAAGUGGAUUAUUUAUGCAGUGAAGAUGCACCCUCAAUUAUGUACACCACAGAUGGAGAAAGAACAUAGACACAAUUUCACUUUUCUGUGACUCCCAAGUUGCCUUUAGAGCCACACUUGCACAUCCCUGAUGUAAUGAUUCCUGCCACACAUUAGUAUUAAUGCAGUCUGACACCACUCUCUGCCAGAGAAUGUGGCUGACUCAUAAAACUACAAAUCCCAGAUGUGAUAGGAUGGUAAUGUCAAAGGGCUUUAAUUCUGCAGUGUGGCAGCAACCAUAGUCUGUAAUAACAGUAGGUUGCUGCAUCUAGCCAUAGCCAAACCUAAUCCUAAAGGUAUGGAUUAUAUUUGUACCUUGUAAUAUCUGUUUUGCAAUAACCAUAUUGAUUUAAUAUGCUAUAUAGUAGCAAACAACAUUAUUUUUAGGUUGUAAAAAUGCUUGAGUUCUGUGAAGAGAUAAAUUGCUUGGUUCUAAAAUGAUGGCACAAUCAUUUCUAUGAUACCACAACCACAUGUGAUGUGAUGUGCAAAACUGUAAUGAGCAAGAUUACUCCUCAUCGUAGUAAA